AUGCCAUCCACCAUGUCCGAUACCCACCAUGGCCCGUCUUCGCCCGUCCCAGCAGCCACCGACCUCAGUUUCCACCAACAGGAACAAGUGGUACAACACCAAGAACACCCAGAACACCACCCACCUCCUACACGCUCACCAGCGCCCAACUAUUUCCUUCUGUUCACCUUUGUCAUAAGCGUGAUAGCUUGGGUCACUUCGCUAACCUCCCAAGCCAUAAUAACAGCAACAACACCCAACAGCAGCACCCUCGUCGGCGUCCUCUGGCUCGCCUUCGUCCUCCAAACAAUCAUAAUCCUCGAACUCCUCGUCACCCUACCCACCCACUCAACCCACCUCUAUGCAUUCCAAAUAUCCAUCUUAGCAGCCAUGUCAACGGUGCUCGCCUCCAUCGGCGUGAACACCAACCUCUUCACGCCUCCCACGCACAAACCAACGCAUCAAGCGCUCGCGGCGGGGUGGCUUAUCACAGCUAUCAUCAACAUCCUUUGGAUCCUCUACUUCACCGCGCCCCCUUCGCAGCUCUCUGGCCAUAGUCACAGUCGUCUGGGGACACCACUGCCAAUGCCACACGGCACCCUAUCGGACCCUAUCCCCGUCACCAAAGAACCCUCCUUCUCAGGCUUUGGAAAGACAGGAAACGGGGGUACGGUUGAACAGCAGCAGCAGCGGUUGGAGGGAGAAGAUAUCGAGUUGGGACAGAACCAGAGCCGGUCGCAGGUUGAUCCUGGUGAGGAGAAGAGAAGGUCGCAGGGGGGGUGGAGCACGUAUACACCUGGGGACAGGGGGAGUAAGGCGCCUACGAGCGGGGUGGGCGGGAGGAGCGCUGCGGGGAGCGAUGGUGGUGGGAAUGUGAGUCGACGAAAGAGUGCGAAGGGGGAAAAGGAGCCGACACCUGUUUAUCGUGCGGAGGCUAUGUUUCCUUAUACCGCGAGCCCCAAAGAUCCAAACGAACUUUCGUUCGGGAGGGGCGAGAUCCUUAAUAUCAUUGACGAGUCCGGGAAAUGGUGGGAGGCGGAGAUGGAUGAUGGGCGGAAAGGGAUUGUGCCUUCAAACUACUUACGACUUUUAUGAUGCGACACGCGUCGAUUGCUAUGGAUGGAUCAACGAACUAUCUACAAUCGCUGUGUGCAUACCCAGCAUGCAGCAAUCUGCGACUGCUACGCUGUAUACUGAUGUUACCUGGACUGGUGACGGGAUUCCCCUGUAGCUCUUGCUUCAUAGAGGGACUAGUCACAGGUCUAGAUGAUACCCUUCACGAGCCCCGACGUUACUUAUGAGAUGUAC